AUGGCCGGCGCGGAGUACUCGACGGCGUCGUACGUCACCCAUGUCAUGCAGGGACUCCCGAGCUGCUACAGCCUCCUGAAGCGGCUGUCGAUGGCGCCGAGCACACGGGCGACGCUCAACGAGGACACGUUGACCUCGUACAUCCUGCAGGACGAGGCAAUGCAGGAGGCCGAGCGGUCCCAAGAGCUCUUGGCGCAGGUAAACUACGUCGCCCCGGCGAAGCAAGGCGGUCGACCAGGGCAGCGUGGACAGUCUGGAAGUGGUGGUAGCAGUGGCUCGAAGCCGGCCAAGGAAGUCGACAAGAAGAAGUCGACCAAGGACAGUGGUCGAGGAGGAGGAAGUCGACGUCGAGAGUGCUGGCUGUGCGGUGACCCCGACCACCUCUCCUUCGAGUGCCCCGACCGCGGUGACUCCGACGACGACGACGCCAAGGGAGGCCGUGGAAGGUCUGGCAGUCGUCGUCCUCGUCGAGGAGGAAACCAGCCGUGCAAGGAGAAGCAGUCGACCAAGUCGUCGACCUCGGCGAAGGACGCCGACUCCUCUGCUGGCGGAAAAGGGCGUGACGACAAGUCGGCGUCGUGCUCCCUGGUCGGCGUCGUGGAGCCGACCGUCUCGCUGGCGCCGGAGGCCAGCGAGGACUUCCAGGCGGUGGCGGCAGCUGUGCAGGCUAAUCCGGCGGUGGUCCUGCUCGACAGUGGCUGCUCCCACCACCUGAUGGGGACGAAGGACGCCUUUGUCGACUUGGGACCGAGCGGCGACGUGAAGCACGUGCGCGGCUUCAAUGGGGCGCUGCAGGACGUCCAGGGUCGUGACAUUGUCGCUCUGCAAGGGGAGGCCAGAAAGAAGGUGCUCAUCCCCGACGUACUGUACGUCCCGGGUGUACGGGCGAACCUGCUCUCAGCCGGCCAGCUGAAGGAGAGCGGCGUGAAGCUGCAGGAGGACGGCGACGGGAUGUUGCUCGUCUCAGCGGCGGGAGACGUUCUCGGCCGGGCGUCCUACACCGGGCGAGUCCUCUGCACCGACCUGCGUCCCUGCUCAACGAGGUCGACGUCGACCAGGACGGAGGCCGUGGCCCUGCGGGCGAUCGUCUCGGCGACGAAAACGACGCCGAACAGGCUGCACGUACGGCUGGCGCACGUCGGCAUGGACACCAUCCUGAGCUCAGCGAAGCACGAGGUCGCCACUGGGCUGGACCUCAAGUCGACGUCGGGCACCGACUCACCGUGUGUCUCGUGUGUCGGCGGAAAGUUGGCGCGGCACACCUUCCCCGACCAGGGCUCCGACGCCGACGAUGUGCUAUCCAUCGUGCACAUCGACCUGUGCGGGCCAUUCCGGGUGGCCGCCAAGGAUGGCAGCCUGUACUUCUUGCUGCUGAAGGACCGCAAGACCCGCUAUGUGUGGGUGAGGCCGGUCGCCAAGAAGUCGGAUGUGCUGCUGGAGUUCCAGAAGUGGCUGGUGUUGGUGGAGAGGCAGACGAAGAAGUCGGUGCUCAUGCUUCGCUCCGACCGGGGAGGGGAGUUCCUCGGGAAGCAGUUCACCGACUUCGUGGACGGGAAGGGGAUCGUCCACGACCUUACCUGCCCGUACACCCCGCAGCAGAACGGCAUGGCGGAGCGGGAGAUGAGGACGGUGGUGGAGUCGGUGCGGACGAUGCUGCUGCACAUGGGCGUCCAGAACCACUGGUGGCACCUUGGUUUGCAGCACGCUGUCUGGGUCCGCAACUGCCUGGAGAGGUCGGCGACGCCGGGGACGACACCGUACCAGUUGCUCACCGGGAAGAAGCCCGACUUGUCGCUGGCACGCGUGUGGGGCUGCAUGGCGCAGUUCCUCGUCCCCGAGCAGCAGCGUGGUGGGAAGCUGAAGCCGAAGGCCAAGUGGGGCCUUCACCUUGGCGUGUCGGAUGCGCGCAAGGGCUGGGAGCUCCUCGACAUCGUUGACAACCGAGUGGUCACCACGUCGGACGUGGUGUUCUACGAGGACAUGUCGCUGGAGGUGUGGAAGUCGGAGCACGGGCCGGUGUCAGGACGGACACCGACCACCCCGCCAACCGACACCUCGCAGGCGACGCUGCCUCUGCUCGCGGAGGUCGGUGAGCUCGCUGCUGGGGACAUCGAGGUCGACCAUCCUCCUUCCCCUCCUCCCACGACCCAUGUUUCUCCCCUCGUGGCCGACCUGCGUGGACUGACUCCGGUGUCGGCCUCCGGCGAUGAGGGGAGUAGUGGGACGUCGCCUGCGGCCAAGAGCAUCGCCGGUGGCCGACGUGACGAGCGGCAAGUCGACGUGGGAGUGCAGGUUGAGGAGGAGCAGGUCGAGCAGGUUGAGGAGGAGCAGGUCGAGCAGGUUGAGGAGGAGCAGCCAACAGGGGAGCAGGCAGCAGUGAAACCGACCACGGAGCAGUCGGCAACCGGGCGGUCGGCAGGGGAGCCGACCACAGGGGAGGAGUCGGCCAGGAAGUCGACGGAGCUGCAGCAGGACGACGAGGGGGAGGACGCCGAGGAGUCCCUUACGAGUGACGUGGUGGAGGUUCUGCCUGAACCCCGGAAGUCAGGUCGGCUUCGGAGGCCACCCGAUUUCUUAGUCCCCGCUGCCUUCAACACGGUGUACGACGUGGACGCCGACGACCUGGCGUACGAUGAGGCCGAGGAGGAUGAGGAGUUUCUGGAGCUCGACCCCGACAUGCAAGCCGACCCUGAGCGCCGCUGUGACAUCUCGACGAUGACGGUGAAGGAGGCCUUGGCGAGCUGGAAGGGCCUGGCGGUGAAGGCCGCCAUGGAGGAGGAGAUCCGCAGCCUCAUCAACAUGGGCACUUGGGAGCUGGUCGAGCGCCCACCUGGAGUGAACAUCAUGAAGAACCGGUGGGUGUUGACGACGAAGUACCGCAUCGACGACACCGUCGAGCGCGAGAAGGCGAGGCUGGUUGUGAAGGGCUUCACGCAGGUGUAUGGCGCCGACUACGACGAGACGUACGCGCCGGUGAGCAGCUACGUCACGCUGCGGAUCUUCCUCAGCAUCGUCGCCAUCCUCGACCUCAACCUGAUGCAGCUCGACAUGAAGAAUGCCUUCCUGCAGAGCAAGCUCGACCGCGUGCUGUACAUGUACCAGCCGGACUACUUCAAUGACGGGACCGGCCGGGUGUGCAAGCUGCUGAAGAGCCUCUACGAGCUGAAGCAGUCGCCGCUGCUGUGGUACAAGGCUCUCAACGACGUGCUGGUCGGCGCUGGCUGGAAGAAGAGCCAGGUCGACGAGGCCCUCUACUUCAAGGUCGGCGACAACAAGGUGACCUGCUGGGUGCUGGUCUACGUCGACGACCUGCUCGCCGCCAGCAGCAGCCCCGCGAUGCUGAAAGAGCUGAAGGAGCUGCUGGAGGCCGCCUUCGAGCUGCGCGAGAUCUCGCCGGUGCAAAAGUACAUCGGGCUGGCGACGUGUCGGCGAGGAAGCUGCUUCGCGGCGACGACGACGAGGCCGGACAUCGCCUUCGCCUGCAGCAAGCUGGGGAGCGGACUCACGGUGAGGAGCGACCAGCACUGGCGCGAGGUCGACCGCUGCCUUGCCUAUCUCGCCAACACGCGUGACACCGCCUUGGAGUUCGGCGGUGGACCUGAGUCGUUGGAGCUAGUCGGCUACGUGGACGCCGACGACGCCGGCGACAAGCAGAACCGGACGAGCACGGGUGGCUACGUGUUCGUCUACGGAGGGGCCGCGGUCUCCUGGUCGAGCCAGCGCAUCAAGUGCGCGACGCUGUCGUCGACUGAGUCGGAGUACGUGGCGGCCGUCGAAGCCGGCAAGGAGGGACGCCGACUUCGCUUCCUCCUGGCAGAGUUCCGGCAGCUGGAUGCUGGGAAGCCGACGGUCUUCCAGGUGGACAACAAGUCGGCUAUCAUAGUCGUCGAGGGCAUGGGGUUGACAGGCAACCUCAAGCACAUGGAGCGGCGACAGGCCUGGCUGCAGCACAUGGUGAAGCGGGGGAAGUUUUCGCUGCAGUACAUCCCGACUGCUAAUCAGCCGGCCGACUUCUUUAUGAAGGCACUGCACUAUCCGGCCUUCAACCGGUGCUCCGUUGCAAUCGGCCAAGUGCGCCUGGCCGACGUGGGCGACGACGACGUGCAGCAGUAG